ACUCCAGCCAACGAGGGGACGGCGUUGUUUUUCCUUUUCUUUUUCACGGACGGACGGACAGACACACACACACACACACUCGGAACAAGAACACCCCUCCACCUCCUCUUCCCCAACCGGGAGAUCUUUCUUUCUCCUUUCCUGAAGUUUACCCUCUCUGCCCUCCCCACCCGCCGCUUUUCUUCUCCUGCCAGCUUGCCCCGGCCAUCCGUCACCAUUUCCACCACGGGGAGGCAACGCGCCCAGCCCCUUCAGCGGCUGAGCAUUGGCCGGAAAACUUUGGUCGCCGGGGCCAUCGGCGUGGUGAUGAUCUUGAUCCUGGUGAUCCUCAUUCCGGUGCUGGUGAGUUCCGUGGGCAUCGACGGACACUACGAGAUGCUGGGCACCUGCCGCAUGGUCUGCGACCCCUACCUGGGCAAGACCAGCACCACGACCAGCGCCAGCAGCAUCAGAAGCGAGGGCGCCGAAAGCCUCAGUAGCACCAGUAGCGACCACAGCGGACUGCCCCCGCCAUCCACUCUCGUCCAGGGGCCCCAGGGGAAGCCGGGGCGGCCGGGCAAGCCGGGCCCGCCGGGUCCCCCGGGAGAGCCGGGCCCCCCGGGCCCCCGUGGUCCCCCGGGAGAGAGGGGAGAUCCUGGAAAAACCGGUCCGCCUGGCCUGCCCGGGCCGGGGCUGAGCACGGGGGCCAUCAGUGCGGCCACCUACACCAUGGUACCCCGCGUGGCCUUUUACGCCGGCCUCAAGAACCCGCACGAGGGCUACGAGAUACUCAAGUUCGACGACGUCGUAACCAACUUGGGAAACAACUAUGACGCCGCCACGGGCAAGUUCACCUGCAACAUCCCGGGCACCUAUUUCUUCACCUACCACGUCCUGAUGCGCGGCGGCGACGGGACCAGCAUGUGGGCAGAUCUAUGCAAGAACGGGCAGGUGCGGGCCAGUGCCAUUGCACAGGAUGCUGAUCAAAACUACGACUAUGCUAGCAACAGUGUUAUCCUACACCUGGAUGCCGGGGAUGAAGUUUUCAUCAAGCUUGAUGGAGGCAAAGCCCACGGAGGCAACAACAACAAAUACAGUACCUUUUCAGGUUUCAUAAUCUACUCAGACUGAGGCUGGAAAGAAGCCCACUGACUCCCAGCCCCCUGGAUUUCUCCAUGUGGCAAACCUGGCUACUGAAUCCAUUAAUACUAAUGUCUUUGCAUACAGCCAGGCUCCCUCCAUGGGUUAUUUGAAAGCAGAAUUGGGUCACUUUGUUUUUUCCUCUAGUGGGCACUGGAAUGGCCAACUGAUGAUUCAAUCACGAUCCCCAUUUAUUUUACCUUCCAUUGUAUCAUGAACCACUAAGCUUUUCAACAGUAUUAAUACAGAGGAUGAAGAGAAAGAGAGCCAAGGAGCCAGGGUGAGGCUUGAGAUGUAGUUUGGAGAAUUGAUCAUCCCAUUGCCCUUGAACGCAUUUUCAUUUCCAUAUAUGACUUGUUGAGACAUGCUGCAUGCUAUUGUAUUGGGAGUAGAUUCUAUAUGUAAGUAAGAGGUUAUAGAGACUUAAUCAGUGAAGGGACUAUGUGUAUUGCCAUCUGAUCCUCCUAACAUAUAUUUAUAUGUAUCUUUUUAACCAUGUCCAGGGCUUCCUUAAGGCUAAACAUCUUAUUUGAACUUAAAGCAACUACCAUUUCCGGCUAGCAUAAACCAGAAUGUAAAACCAACCAGAAAUGGUGAUUGUUCUGAACUUGAUGAAUCACUAAAUCUACUCAAUUUAAAGAAUCUUCUGGCACUGGAGUAAAAUAGUGGCAUACAUGGUCCUGGAAACCUUUUAGAGUUAUUUAGCAUAUCGUGUGAAUGCCCUCAUAUCUUUACUAGAAGAGGGAAUCACUGAGAUUUAAAAAUACUGAACAUUGUUUUUUUUAAAGGUAAAGUAUUACUUUGCCAAGUUUCAAAAGCAUAGAAAAGUAUCAAUCUUGGAUUUCUGUCCCUCCAUGAGGGUAGUCCCAGGUGGUUCUGCUUGUUGUUGGUCAGGUAAUUAAUUACUGGUCAUGUAUAACUGAGUGAGUGGAGAGUCAUAAUCUUGUCUUUCUCAACCCAAUCCGUAAUACUGGUGGAGAAAUUAUGCAAGUUUUCUAAUACAAAUGGAGAACCUAGGACUGGUGAAAGUUAAUUCUGCUCUACCCACCCACUCCCAAAAAACCAGUUGCAAUCAGAUUAAGUCAAUAAUUCUACAAAGUGUCCAGGAUCUCAUGCACAUGCAUUUCUGUAUGUGUGUACAUGCAAGUUUACACAUACUGUAUAUGUGUGUAUUAUCCAAACAGGUCUACUAUAGGAAUACUAUAUAACUGUAUUGUCCCUCUCCUCAACUUCUGAGUGCUCUUAGAAUGAGAACAUAAUCUCAAUUCUUUGUGAUUUAGUAUUUUAACAGAAUCUUUACUUUGUUAAGUUUUUAGAGGGUAAGAUGGGGAAGCUGAUUUUUCUUACCAAAGGAAGAAAAAAAGAAGAAGAAAAACUUAAUUCAAACUGAGCUCUUCCUUUGGAGUCUCUGUCUCUUCUUCACUGGGUUGCUUCCCAGGUGACUGUGGUUUCUUUCUUUUCAGAAUGGAUGGGUCUAGGGAGAACAGGA